AUUUACAAAAGCAUGAAGAUCAAUGAAAAAAUGGCGACUCCGAUAGAGGAAAAAGUUGAUCAAAAUUUAAAGAUUCGCACUGGCAUGGUAAAUGUCAGCGAUGGCAAAUCGAAACCCGAACCACUUAGACUGAAUUUAACCAUGGAACUGGUGACACUACAAAGAUUAGAAAUUGUUACGCCCACAAAUCCACAGAAUGGUCCGCCAAGUGAAUCAAAAGAACGCAUGGUGCAAAUCACGCGUCAAAAGCAGGGAGGCCUGGGUCUGAGUAUAAAAGGUGGUGCCGAACACAAGUUGCCCAUAUUAAUCUCACGCAUUUAUAAGGAUCAAGCAGCUGACAUUACGGGACAAUUGUUUGUGGGUGAUGCCAUAAUUAAAGUUAAUGGUGAAUAUAUAACAGCCUGCCCUCACGAUGAUGCUGUGAAUAUUUUGCGAAAUGCUGGCGAUAUUGUUGUUUUAACGGUGAAACAUUAUCGUGCAGCAACGCCAUUUCUACAGAAACAAUUGGCAAAAGAUACACCAGACUCGGAUAAUGAUACAACAUGUGCUGAACUAAAGGCUGACGAAGGAUAUAAAUCCUCAGUGAAUAAUGGUACCAUAAGCCGUAGUUGUAGUAGACCAAUGUCAAUUUGUUCAGAACCAGAAAAGAAAUGGGUUGAUGUUGUGGCAGUACCUCUAAUGAUGGCUUACGUGACACGUUACAUUUAUGGUACCGAUAAAUUAACAAAUGCUUUUGAAGUUCGAGGAAUAAAUGGAACCUCCACCGGCAUUAUACACUGUGAUGAUUUGGCAAUUUUGAGUCAAUGGUUGAAAUUAAUUAACGACAAUGUUGUGGGUUUAACACAUUUACAGAUGAAACUUUACAAUCGUAAUUUUGCUGUUGGCGAACGCAUUGAAUACAUGGGUUGGGUAAACGAGGGCGUCAUCAAUAAUAAUAUUUCAUGGCAGAGCUAUAAACCACGAUUUUUAGUAUUAAAAGGCACCGAAGUGAUGCUUUUCGAAACACCACCGCUAAAUGUUGCCGGCUUGACAAAAGCUCUGGUUGUCUAUAAAGUGUAUCAAACAAUGUUUCGUGUUGUCAAGGAAUCGGAAACGGUUGACAGUCGCCAACAUUGUUUCCUGCUGCAGAGUGCUGGACAUGAGCCACGUUACCUUAGUGUAGAAACACGUCAGGAAUUAUUGCGCAUCGAAAAUAGUUGGAAUGCAGCCAUAGUAACAAGUGUUAUUAAGUUAGGGCGCAAAACUUUUGCCGUAUCACAUCAUGGAAAGAGUGGAGGACUUACAUUAGACUGGCAAACUGGUUUCUCAUUAGCUGAGGGUGCUGAUUCAGCCAUAGUGUGGCAAUAUAAAUUCUCACAAUUACGAGGCUCCAGCGAUGAUGGCAAAUCAAAAUUAAAGUUACAUUUCCAGGAUCAUGAAACACGAGCAAUUGAAACAAAAGAACUAGAAUGUCAAGUGCUACAGAGUUUGUUAUUUUGUAUGCAUGCAUUUCUGACAGCUAAAGUUGCGUCUGUUGAUCCAGCAUUUUUAAGUUCUAUACAACAGACUUAAACUUUAUUACAACUAUAAAUGCAACAGUUCAGUUGUUUUGUUUUUUUUUUUUUGCAAAAAAAAAAAUAUAUAAAAAAACCAUUAGAGUUGUACGCGAGUAUACUUACUACAUAACUAAAAUAAAUUAAAAACAAAAAUGAACAAAAACAAACAACAAAACUAUGAAUUCUAAGUAAGUAUGUAUUUACAUAAAAUAUUUAUAUAAAAAUUAUUAUUAAUUAUAUAAUAUUAUCAUAAAAAUCAACAAAAUUAUAUACAAAAGCAAACACAAACAACAACAAAAAAACUAUUUAUUAAAAUUAAAAUAAAAAACCAAAAAAUUCAACUAUUAUGAAACUUUAAAUGUUGUUGCAACAUUACAAAAAACAAUGAGAAAAUUAUAUAUGAAAAAAGUCUUCAUAAAUUAGACUUAAAAACAAUUUUUUUUUAGAUAAAAAUUUAUAAAAUAAAUUUGUAUAUUAAAUUGAAAUAUUUAUAAUAAGAAAAUAAAAAAAAAUAUUACUUAAACAAGGAAAAGAUGUAAAAGAAAUUGAUAAAGAAAGAAAAAUAAAAUUAAAAUAAAAACCUUAAGCUCAUUUAUAAUAAAUAAACAAUUUUUAGCAAAGCUUAAACUAUAUAUAAAUAAAAUAAAAGAAAAUCUUUAUAUGAAAAGAUCGGUUUAAAUCGAUUAUACUAUAAUUUACACCAUAGUAAGGGGAGAGAGUUAAAUUUCUUUAAAAUUUACUAAAAAAUUAUAAAUGGUUUAAUAAACAUUUUCAUGAUGGAAUAAGCUUUCGUGUUGAUAACAUAAUUUUUGGCGAUUUAAACAAAAUUUAGACCCGAGAUGGCGAACAUUGCUAGGAGAUCUAAAGGCCCCCAUCCUACUUACAAAGACCAACAACUUCAAAUCUUUUUAGAAACAUCUCAUCUCUGACUUCGUGAAAUUUCGUUACAAUGUAUCAAAUAGUUCAAAAUAAUAAAAUAAUUUCUAAAGCACUGUGCUAGUUGUCCAAAAUUUGUGGGCCCACCUACUGGCCCCUUUCAUGCUAUACAACUGUAAAUUAAUUCGAAAACUCUACGGGUCGAAUUUUGUUAAGUUUUGUUACAUUCUCUCUAAUACUUCACGAUUUUCCGUAUUAUUUCUAAUCAUUGUUGUGUAGUGCGUAUGAGCAAUAAAUAUUUAUAUGAUAAUUAAAUAUUAUGUAUACUCCCAGUAUACAUAUAAUUUAUAAUUUUUUUUAAAAAAUGUAUAAAACUAUAUUUAUAUCGGAAAUUAUGGGUCUCUUGGGAAGGAAAUUCUAAGGAUAUUUGCCCUUGGAUUCAAAAGCAAAUUGAUGGCCUAUUAAUGAUUAUGUUCCCUCUCAUGGGUCUACUGGAAAUCAUCGUAUAAAAGGGUAAUGUCAUUUUAAGGAUAUUUGGCCCUGGAUUAAAAAGCUAAUUGAUGACCUAUUUAAAACCACUUUAUUUAAAACCAUUAUCACAUAAUUAUAAUCUACUAGCGUACCCGAGCUACUUCGUCACCCCAAUCGAAAUUACACAAUGAAUAAAAAACCGAAUAUGAUUCUUACAGGCCUUGGUUGGUUGGAUAACGUUGUAGUUCACUGCUCGCAAACUGUCAAAAAGAGUCGAAAGGACUCUGUCUGUCAGAUGUGGUAUUAUAUAGUAUUAUAUCCAGCCUGUAGUAGUGAGAAAUCCCAGGAGGUCAUUGAGUUUUGACCUAGAUAACUCACCAAGGCUGGAUACGAAGUAAUUGGCGGCAGGGCUUUGUAAAUGUGACGGUAUCCAUUGCAGUGGAGCCCAAACCCUACGUAUCUGCUUAGGAUCUAGUGAGUAGUUAUAUCCCGCGAUUUAACCCGAUUAUUCCGAGUUAUAACCCCGUCUAGUGCAUUUCUCAUUGAAAGAAGGCCACACUACUGUGACCCCUCUAUAUGUAUCCAGAUUAUUCCAUCUAUUUUAAGCAUUUUGAAGAAAGCACUUGAGGAUACCACUUUCGAUAGAACCCAACGGAGUUGCUACUGAAACGACGUAAGAGAUAUCCAAAGUAGAUCGCGUUGUGGCUAGAUCAUCUGCCUUUGCCAUAGUAGUUGCUAUGUGAAGGGACCCAUAUUAGGGUAAUGUCAGACAGGCGACCCAGCCUUAACUAAUCCUUCUUGCAUUGCCUGACAAAUAGAGACAAAUAGAAAGUGCUGCUAGGUUAUCGACAAAAAUUCCUAUAUUGCCCGGAAUAUUAAGACCAUAUAGAGCUCUACAGCAUGACAUUAUCGCAAAUAUUUCAGUGUAAAUAAAACUACAGCUACUAGGAAGACGGAGAGAGAUACUUAUGUAUCUGAGCUUCUUCGUAGAAGACACCAGAACUCAGGCCGCAGUUUAUUUUAAAACCAUUUGUAUUAAUCCUACAGGUAUAUUCGUUCGGUAGGUUGGUCAUACAACAGUAAUUUCUCGAAGCACCUGUUAUUCCAAUACAUGUUGAUCACUGAAUUUUAAAUAGUUAAUCAACCAUAAAUUUCUUUCUAGUUGAACUCAUUCAUACAAGAGAUUCGUAUGUAGGAAGAGGAGGUUCUAUAGCUAUAUAUAUCCAUGACUAUUUUGGGACUACGGUCCCGUUUUAUGCCGAAGGCACCUUCUAUGUCUAAGUAGGCUCCCAUAGAAUACUGAUUGGUCGGAAGUCUUUCGCAUUUUCAUGACUUCGACCUUCGACGAUCUUCACCUUUCGUCAAUUGACAUGAACAUGGUCAUGAAGACAAGGGAUGAUUUACUCUUUUGCUCUUUGUAGCAUCUUGGGCAAAAUACAUACCAUAAAAUCUUGGUGACUUAAAUGGAGAGAAGUUAUCUAUCGCCCAUGAAAUUGAGUCCCACUUUCUUUUACAAUUUCCGUGACAAUAUCUUUGCAUCCUGGGAAUAGGUAUUCAGUUGGAUAUCAAGAGAUACUGGAUUUGAUCCUUAGCUAUAAUUUUGCAGAAUCUUCUCAAUAAGUUUCUUUUUGCAACUACUAUAGCUUUUUUAAAUGCUUUUAAUUUCCUUACAUAGCUCAGAUAGCUCCGAGUUUCAUCAUAGAGAGAAGCUUUUCUUUACCUUACCGAUUGGGCCGGAAACUUCGAAAGCUUUGUUUAAAACUUUACUAAAAUGUUCCUCUCUCACUUCAAGACCAUCGAUUGAUUCUUCAACAGUUGAUAUGUUCUUACGUAGCUCAGAUAGCGUCGAGUUCCAUCAUAGAGGGAAGCAUUUCUUUGCCUUAGUGAUUGUGCUGGAAACUUCGAAAGCUUUACUUAAAACUUUACUAAAAUUUUCCUCUAUCUUUUCAAGAUCAUCGAUUGAAGAUUCAAUAAAAACAGUUGAUAUGUCCUUUAGUUUAUGUCCGAGGAUCCCUUUAUACUUGUAGCAGUGGAUUCUUCUUGGUUUCCUAUAGUUGAUAUGUUAUUUAGUUUAUGUCUGAGGAUCCUUUUACACUUGAAUCAGUCGGUUUUUCUUGGUUUCCUAUAGAGCGUUUUUUCGUAGAUUUUUUUAUUAUAAUAUCGAAUAGAACCAAAAAAGAUAUCAACAGAUAUCAUAGAUCUGUCAUUAAUAUCUAGUACUACUUCCCACUCACUAUAGUUGUUGAACUCGUAAAAAUAAAUGUUGGUGUAUUACCAGAAUAACUUGUUAGUUUAUUACUAUAAUGAACAUUUUGCCCUCCGAUAUUGUAGGAAGCUAUAGACCAGUCUAUAUAUAGUCUUGCCUAUAGAUUGGUCCAUUGACUUGUCAAUAGAAUAGUCCAUAGUCUUAUCUAUAUACUAGUCUAUUGUUUUGUCUAAAGACUGGUCUAUAGUAUUGUCUAUCGACUGGUCUAUAGUCUUGUCGAUAGUCUGGUCUAUAAACCGGACAAUAAUCUUGUCUAUAAACUGAUCUAUAGUCUUGCCAAUAGUCUCUAGACUAAUCAAUUUACUAACAUUUUCCCCUUCAAAAUUGUAAUACUAAAAAUUUAUGGUGUAAAUUAUAAACUAAACAUAAUUAUUAAUGGUAGUCUUAAUAUUUUCAUAAUAUAUUCUUAAUUUAUUACUCUUGAAAAUAAUUAAAGAAAAAACUAAAAGUAUGCUAAACAACCAAAAAAAACAAAAACAAAGUACUUAAAAAAUAAACACAGA